ACGACGCGCGCUUCGUCGAGAUUGUAACGUGGUUGCAAACCCCCCUCCCUCUCCCACCACCUUCCUCAUCGAUGAAAAAAAUUCUUCCUUUUCUACGCUUUUCCCGGCAUUUUCGAUAUACGUGAGCCGUGUUUCGGGACGAUCGUGCGGGACAUCGAGUGGAAUUAAAAUGUGACAGCGUCUGCCGACAUGGAGCGUCUCCUCAAGCGCCUGCCGACGGACAGACCCGGUGGUGGUAAUGCCGUCUGCGGACCUGGCCAGGAAUGGCGCUUUUUUUGUGCAUCGCGAGUGGUUUCUCUUCGAGCGCUACGAAUGAUUAAAAGCAGGCCGGAGGUGAUUAGGCCUACCGCUUCGGCUCGCCAACUCAUCUGUCAGCGUGCGAAGUCUCCGACCGUCUCCAUGGUGAAAAAACGGUGCCGAAACGAGAGGUGAACGGCGGCGGGUUCCAACGCGAGCUCGUGCCUCGUCGCAGGAGAGCAGCAAGAGACGCUUGUUGUCUUUAUUUUUUUUUCAACUCGCCUCAAAAGAAACCGACCCCAGCCCUGCUCAUCACCGCCGCUGGCCGCCACCGACGAAUUGACGCUCUCGAUCUUCGAACAGCCCGAGGAGCCGGAAGAAGCAGCACAGCGGCGGAAUAAUCGCCUUCUUCUCCGGCGGCGGCCGCUGUCCACCGCCGAUGGGGAGCCAUGGGGAAAGGGGGAAGCCGGGCGGCUGACGCGCGCCUCUCGGACAGCAGCCCUCUUCUGGCGCCGGCCGUUCGCCGGCACCAUCCCGGCUGAACCCUGGAGCUUCCCCUGGAGCGGCGCAUGCCGCUAGGUAGCGGCGGCGGGGGCCAGCCGCCGUCGGGCGUAGGCGGCGGUGGCGACUGCUACGGGGCCCCACCGACGAGCAGCGGUGGUGGCCCGGGGGCCCCCAUGCAGAACGGCGCCUACUCGUGGGUCGGGCCGCCGGCGGCGCUCAGCCAGAAGAGCUGGCCGCCGGGCUACCAGGCGAGCCUGACCAACCUGUUUCUGAAGAAGAACCCGCUCCACUUCGGCACCGGCAUCUCGCAGCUGGCGGCCGCGUCCUCCUACCUGGAGAAGAUGUCCACACUGGGCGCCGCCGACCACCACCACAAGUGCCCGCACCCGGACGCCAAGGACAAGCCGUACCCGUGUGACCUGUGUCACAAGUACCUGACCAUCUGUAACACGCUGCGCGACCAGCAGCAGCCGCGGCCGUCGCACGGGGCCGGACCGGGGGGCGCGCCGCCGCCAGGAGUGGGAGGGGGAGGCGGGCCGCCCCCCCUCGGUGCCGCCUCGGCACUGGUCGCCGAGCGCAAGGGCGGGGGACCGCUGCUGGGCUCCUCGGCAUCGGCGCAGCAGCCACCGCCAGGACAACAGCAGCAGCAGCAGCAGCAACAGGGUGCAGCGGCGCUGACGCCGGCGUCGCUGCUGGAGCGUACCAAUGGCCAUGGCCACCACCACCACCACCACGGAACACACCACGGGGGUGCUGCUGCAGCGGGGACCCACGGCGGUGUGCCCCGGCCGCGCCCUCCGCCCACCAAGCAGUUCCUGUGCCCGGUGUGCCACAAGUACUUCACACAGAAAGGCAACCUGAAGACGCACAUGAUGAUUCACACGGGCGAGAAGCCCUACUCUUGCCAGGUGUGCGGCAAGAGCUUCACGCAGAAGGGCAACGUGGACACGCACAUGAAGAUCCAUACGGGCGAGAAGGACUUUGGCUGCGAGGCGUGCGGGAAACGCUUUACCCAGAAAGGAAACCUGAAAACCCACGUGCGGAGCGUGCACACGAAGGAGAAGCCCUUCGCGUGCGGCGUCUGCGGCAAGUGCUUCUCGCAGAAGGGCAACAUGCAGACGCACAUGCGCACGCACAACAAGGAGGACCGUUUUCCGUGUACUCUCUGCGGCAAAACGUUCUCCCAGAAGGGGAACCUCAAGACGCACAUGCAGCGUCACACGGGACAGCUGCCGCCCCGUCGCUACGGCUCACGGGGCUCACGCGCCACCCAAGCUGUCACCGGGGGUCUCCUUCACCGGCCUCAUUUGGCCGCCGCCGCCGCAGCCUUUGCCUCACUCGCCUCCACGUCUGCCCAGCAGCAGCAACCGGGCUCGUCAUCAUCGCCCAAGCCGCACUCCGGAGGAGACAAGUCGCCCGCGCGGGGCAGCGGUCCUCCGACACCGCUCAGUCCCGACCUGCGCCGCGGGCCUUCCGAAGACACUUCGCCCGGCCCUCCCGGUGGACCUGACCCGCCGCGGCCUUUCUAUUCGGCGCCGCCGACGCCGGCGCCUCCGCCGCCGCACUCGCCACGCUGGUUGGUGCACCCGCGCCACUACGACGGUGGGUUCCAGGCGCCUCCUUACCCGUCGUCGUUGCACCAUCCUCCGCUGGCAUCGCGGCUUGCCCUUCUCGGCGCCGGCUCACCGCAGCACCAGCCGCACAGCGGCGCCGCGUCACCCGAUGACAAGGCGCCGUCUCAGCAUUUGGGCUCCACCGGGAAUCCUAGUGGGGGCGACUCGUUCCACUCGCCGGCCAACCCGGACUUCUCGCAGCUGCUCGAGUGAGAAGCCGGGUGAUGACCAGAACACAUAAGAAGCCUGCGCUGCGUUCGACCUCCGAACCCUUCUACAUCUCCCGAGGAAGGCGUUCGCGGCCAGCCCUGCUCAACAACAAUCGCCACACCUUUUCCCUGCCCACACUCCUCUUCGGACCGGGGUUUCUUUCUCUGGCCCUCCUGCUGUGGCCAUUCCUUGGCACCUUGCCAACCACCGCCACCACUACAACUGUACAUACUGCUGCAGUGUGCCCUCCUCUCUCACUUCUUUGUACCUGUCUUCUCUUUUUUUGUUUUUGUUCUUCUGUCUCCUUCCUCAGUUACUGACCUUGUCCUCACGUUAUCCUCUAAAUUCUACUCUCUUACGUGUGUGUGUGUGUGCAGCAGUCUGUCUGUUGCCACAUUUACAGCAUUGCACCGUGUACUCCCAUUUCUCCUGCGCUACCCGACUCAACCAUCAACAUGCUCACUAAAUGGUGCAAGGGUCUCAAAUACUUUAAAGGAUGUCUUCGAAAGAAAUCAAAAGAAGAGAAUGCUUGGCCUGUCCCAAUUUUUAAUGGGUUUCACUUGCAAGCAUACAGAGCUUCUUCGCACAAAUGCUUAGAGGUGAAACAUUUCUAAACCACACAGUGGGGGCAAUCAGUCUUUUGGCUGGUGUUGUUGGAUGCCUGGCCUUUCAAUCAUUGAGUCAUUCAUUACUAGCAUUAAUUUUCAUAAGACACUUGCCAAAUUAAUUAGCCACCUUUUGUUUUUUGCCGCACAAGCGCCGACCUACCGUGACAUAAAAUGGGGUGCUCUGUCUUGUCUCUCUGUCCAACAUAACCGAGUUGCGAUCCGCGAGGUGUUGUGUGUAUGUGUAUGUGUGUGGGCAGAACAAACAAACAACAAAAAAAAAGGUGUCUGUGAUAGUCUUUUUCUUCUCUUUACUGUCACAACAUUGCCCACCAUUCUACACUCAUGCCUAUAUUUUUCAAAAGGUGUCAGGGUACACUCAACCUUGUUAGCCUUUCUCCCCGUCUUUCACUUUACUUCGACGACCAUCUAUUCAUUUCAGUUGGUACUUGUGUGUGGCAUAACGGUACAAUCUUUCUUCAGCAGUAAAUGACUUCCGGGAGCACUAGUGUACAUGGGCAGAUCUCCCAUUUCUCUAACGGCACAUUGAGUUUGCGUAUUUGUACGCAUGGUCUCCUUGUGUGAAGGUAUGACUUGUUUUUCUAAUUCAGAGAACAUGAUAGUGGAUGAACUGUAGGUGUGUUCCAGCAAUGGACACAUAUGGAAAGUUCUUAGGCGAUGGGUCACUUGGGAAACAUAUGCCGCAGAAUGUGCUAUGUGUGUUCUAAAUACUAGAACAUGCACAUGGUGGAGCCAUUUCUAUGUUCUGAGCAUUUGGAGGAAAACUUGAGGCACAUCGUUUGCCUACCAGCUUGGGCAGCUACUGCUACGAGCUGGUCUAAAACUUGCACAAUGUGCUCCUUAUUGAAUGUGCUAUUUCAUAGAGAUUAUUUCACUUGAGAAUAAAAUGAGCAGUGUGCAGUCCAAUUCUUUGUAGAAUCAGUUUAUUGAUGUCGCAAGUGAUGUGUGUGUGUACACUGUGUGAAAUCCCGUAGUGGGGAAACUUAAAGCUUGUCACUGUGUAUCGUGAAGCUUGGUACGCUGUAUCGUCAUGACGCUGCCGAAAGCACCGUUUGCCACACACAACUGGCUUUGUGUCUGUAAUUUAAUUUCCUCUGCUCUGGAGCACAUGCUGACUUUGUAUCGCUGUCGUCUUGCCGUAACUUGGCGCUGUCACAAUAAUGUUCCAAGCCACAGCACUCUUUCCGAUAUUAACGCGCACCUGCCCCUGUCACCUUAUCGCUUUGUUCUUGCAUGCUCAAUGUGCGCCCUCAUCCCCAUCUACUGUGUUGUAGUCUGUCGAGUCACUUUUGAGCUUUGCGUUCGCUUCACUUCAUCCAUUGCUCUCCGUCAAUUCAAUCUGCGCCUCGGUUCACUUUGUGCCUCUGUUCUCAGACUAUCAGUUACAUUUUCUCGCCCUAGUUAUCUCUCUUGGAUUCCUUGAACACUUGAGCUUGGCCAUUUUAUUUCCCACUCUGUUUCUUUUUUUAUUCAUCUUUAUUCCUCGGCAUUUUUCUGGUCUCCAAAUGCUCUCUCUAUGGUGCUCUCUCACACUUUCUCUCACAUUGUGUCCUGCAUACGUACUUUUGGAUCUCACAAGUCAUGGCACAGACUAUAUUUUUUCACUUUUGUCCUUUAUAGCAUGCUUCUUGGCUUGCUGUUUUUUAUGCUUUCUGCCGGGGUUUUAAAGCGGUGGUGUUCUUUAUAAAUUCCAACUCCCAUGCUGUUUUAUGUACAUACAGGCUUUGUUCAUCGCGGUUGUCACCUUCAUGGCACCAAUAAUAUGGCUUGCUAUUUCUUCAUCUUUCUAAAUUUGUUUGUUUUUGGGCAUCAUUCCUUUAAAUUCGCGCAUGGUGUAACAAAAGAGUUACGGCCGUGUUUUGACCACGUCUCCCGUCGUAGCUGAAUUCAAUGUCCCGUACAUGUCACUGUUGGUGUGCAUAUUGGAAAAAAAAAAGAGAAACAAGAAGUGGCGAUCAAAAUAAAAAAUAGUAUCGUAAGAUAUAUACAUACAUAUAUAUUAUAUAUAUUUACAUAUAGAUUGCAUCUCAUUGUUUUAUGUGGCCCAUUGUCAGUCUUCUCAUCUGUAUCACAGUGCACCUAGUGUCAUUGUUUCUUUUCUUUUGUUCAUUUCUGUUUUGUUUUGAAUCCCUACCUUAUUCUUUGUGGGAGACGAUUCUCAAUUGUUCUAACAGUAAUUUUUUGUAGUAUUUAGGCAAAUAUAAGGCUCAGAUCUCUUGCGUGGCUUUUGUAAUAACUCCACGGUUAGGUUAUAAUUUGUCACCCUUUUUUAAGUCUUCUUUUUGUAAUAGUUUUUCCCGCCUUCUCAUGUAUGAAUCUAACCAGCUCGUCCAACUUUCUAGUGUGUUGUAUCUAAGUUAGCCAUAUGACCUUGUUGAAAUCUUGAAAUUUUUGCUUUUGAUUGGUGUUUAAUUGGUUUAAUUAAUUGGUAAGCUGAGUGCUUAGUUGGUAACAUCUAAAAACUGUGUAUUUAGCAUCAAUUUUCUGUUUUUUUUUUUCCUUUGUAGUAUUCAGCCCAAAGGCAAAGAAAGAGCUAAUGAAAUAGCAUGUGUAAAUUUGAGUAAGCUUUAUAGCGUGAAGUCUUUUAACAUAGUUUUUUGCUAGAGACAUCAGGAUCAUCCAGAUGCAGCAUGUGAAUAACAUUACUUUCUGAUCUUACAAUUAAAGGUUGUUGAGCAUCGCUCACCUCAAUAGCAUUGUCUCCUACCUGUUACUAGUUUUUUUUGCAUUCGGUUUUUAUAGCAGCUUUUCUGUUCAACAUUCAUUUCAAGUUUCUCUGGCCUUCUGUACACCAUUACUUGUUCUGUUUCUUUUUCUUUUGAAUUUGGUUUUAGUUCAUUUCUUCGUGUGAGUGCUUACUGAUGUCAACAUCAAGCGAGAAACCUGUUCCACGUAAUCACAGCUGUCCGUGCAAUGUGGGAAAGCGUAAAUCUGUCGUGUGCUAUCCUUCCUCAUAGCUGAUUCAGCGGCACAUCUUUGAACUGCGAGUGUUCCCAGUGUGCCAGGACAUAAGUUGAAAGACCUGCACGUUUCUGACUUGUCGUAGGAAAUGAAAUUGAUUUGAGAGGCGUUUGAAAAAAUUUUGAGGUCGAGUGAGAACUUUUGGGGAGGAAGUGUUCACAAAACGCAGAUGGAAGAUAAAAGUUUCUACCCGGAAGCAGCGCUGUUACACCUCAAAGGAACAAAAAAAAAACAAAAAAAACAACAGUGAAAUGGAAAUUUUGUUUCCAUUUUAGAGCGUAGUUUUGCGACUCUAUCCAGCAUUUCUUUCAUACCAAAAAAGUAAGAUCUUACUGCGGCAGAAAAUGCAAGCAAGGUUUCACAUUUUCAGUUUGCGACCCGAUAUGCGUCGCUGGCAACGUCACUACAAUGUCGCCUAAUAAAAGAUAUACUUUACUUUAAAGACCCAGACUAAUGUUGGUUCUUAAGUUUGCAUUCAAUGCAAUAUCAGUUAUCUUCAUGGCACCACUGCUCUUCCAAAUCGUCAUUACAUUUACUAGUGUGUAAUCAUUCACAUGAUGUAAACGUGCUCAGUAGUUUGUGUUCCUAGUUGCAGAUCGAAUGAGCUAAUGCAUUCAUCUAUCUGUAUGGUAAACAUUUUUGUACAACUGAAAUUAAGAGCUUAAGCUGCCGAAUUUUCUUUCACUGAGAUACAGCAGACUCUCUGUAAACAGAAAUAUUUCAAACGGAACUACUGCCUAAACGAAACUAUUGCCUCUGCAAUGCUUGGUUUCGGGCUUGUAUUCUGCACCCAUGUUCACCUCUCAGUAAAUGUAACUCCUGCUAAAUGAAACAUAUUUUCCCGGUCCCCUUCAGAUUCCGUUUAAUGAGAGUCUACUCUACUGCAGUAUAUAGUUUCUUAUUAUUCACUCUACUAGAUGAUUGCAUGCUACAUCUUAAUUCAACUAUCACAUAGGUUUCCAUAUUAUUUCAUAUUUUCAAUAUUUUCAUAUUAUUAUUAUCUUUAAUAUUAGCCCAAAAUUUUUUCUAACAACAUCUCUAAAACAGUCUACAUGCAUCUAAAAUUUAAAUUUAAUUAACUGAGCACACGAUAAUAAAGGAAUCAAAAGCAACCAAGAAUAUGUUCAGGCAGCAAAACGAAAAUGCUCAAUGCAAACUGUCAUCACUUUUGCAAGUAAGUUUUCAUCCUUGCAGCUUGUGCAAAUAUGGCUCAUCUUUGGCAACAUGGGUACAAAGUGUAAUGACAUGUCAGUUCAUUCCUAGCAUUCAGAAAGUUUAAACAGUUCACCUAUACUGCAGUUCACAAUAAAAGAGAAAUUCUUGCCUUAUUAUGCAUUUAUUUGACUUUGGACAAGCUGGUCAUACCCUGCAAGUGUCAGUUAAAAGCUUCAUUGCAGCAUUCCACAUGUACUUGGACAUUCUUAUGGAGUCGCAUUUAUUAACAUGCCUGGUUGGCUGUUCAUUGGCAGCUCAGUCUCAUAGCCAGUUGUCCAGUCUAUAGCAAAAGGUGCAGCAGCGCUGUUGACCAAAAAAUGGCCACUGCGAUUUGCAGCAAGAGUUCAGUGCUUCUGAAAGCGAAAUCAUAUAGACAUUAAAAUGCUUAUUGAAGAGCCACAUAAUAUGAUCACCGUUUGCAGUGCAUCUGUCGCAGGCCUGCCAAACGCAUGGAAAAACAGCUGAUUUAGACUUGUGUGGACUUUUCUCCGAGACCAUCAUGGCACACUUUUGAACACCCGUCACAUGAUUGUGUGUAUUCGUGCGUGCCCCUGUGAUGUUGCGUCUGUGUGUGAUGCGAAAGGGAGGAGGAGAUGUCUUUUGAUGGUGAUGAUGAUGAAAUGAUUUAGUUGUGCUACUCCGCCGGGCGCGCGGUGGCUUAGCACAGCAAAGCUGUCAUCUUCUCAAUAUCUUCCUUCCCUUUCGUUUUUCUGGCGUACCGAAUGUAUUUUUCAUCGUAUCAUUUUUUUGCCUCCUUCGACAAUUUCCAAUUGUCAGCCAAGUUUGUUGUGAGAGAAGCAGUACAAAGUUUAAGGACAGUCAUGGCGCUGUUCUGAAAGUUGUUUUUGUUUGAUUCUGCGAUCUCUCCUCUUCAUGUGCGCACUAUGGAAGCACGUAGCACGUGGACCUCUCCAGCGGGGCUGCGACGGAAAAAAAUUAAUGCAACUCAACUACGUUCACAGGAGACUGUGAGCCGAGGAUGCAAAGUGUAGAAAACACGCACGAGCUUAUACUGAUGUGUGUCCUCUCGGUUAAUUUCAAGCGAAGUCGUCUACUGCGCUGCCUGUCGGAUGAUCCAGUCGCGCCUCGCAGUUGCCCGCUGCUGCAUCAGCUCCUGGAGAUUGGAAUGUGCACGUUGCUCUCCGAGUGCGUGCAUGAAAGCAACUUUCAACCUAUAGAUGGAUUUUUUUCUUUAGCUACACUCUCUCUCUUGAAAUGAGCGUUUCUGUUGUAAAGGGACGAACUUUCAAUGGGUCUACACUUUAUGGCCGGUGUCUCGCAGAGCCAUCCUCCUCGAUUGCUAUCAACUUAUGGGUCCUCCCCGACAGGCGGCGCCCUAUAUUUGAAUUUUACCACCAGCGACUUCGAUUGAACUCAACGUGCGAAUGUUUUCUACGCUAGCUGCGCAGGCUCUGUGUGCCCGUCAAUUUCCAGGUAACCUUUUUUAUUUCUUGGUGAGCCACAAUCGCAGACUCAUUGAAAAUUCUCUCUUGUCUGUCUUAUGCUGUUUAUUUUGACUGCAGUGUUCUUGUUUCUUGUGUAGUUAAGCAGCUUUUCAGUUUUCUUUUCAGAAAUUUUGUCGCUGUGCUCUCCUUUCUUCUAAUCUUCAUUUUUAUUUUUAUCAUUCAUUGGAGUAUGUGCAGCAUUGUGCUGCACUUGGGAUGCCUCACGAUUCCAUCCCCCCUCUUUUUUUUCUCUCUCUCUCGUGUGACUUGAUGAAGUGGCAGAAGGUGAUGCAGUUAUUUUGCUUGUGGGGUUACUCUGGUGUUGGUGCAGCAUUUUGUCUAUGGGGAUAUUGUACCGAUUAACUGGCCCGUUGAAGGGCAAUGUGCGUUAGUUUGUCGAAGGGGCGGGCCAUAUGUCACUGGUUUAACCGGGCAUGCUUUGUCGUCGUCUAGGCAUCCCUAGGCAAGGAGCUAGGUAAGCAGGUGGCGGAACGACACCGUUGCUGGUGUAAUUAGGUGUUCUAAUUUACUUUAUAAACAAGCAUUCUUUCUUUUAAGGGUACAUAUUUCUUCACCUCCCCUUUUUCCAAUGUCACGAAGAACCUGUGAGAUAAAGGAGAGGCACAAGAGUAUAAUACAAGAGCUGCACAUAGCAGGUGAGCUCUCGCGAGCUGACGAAAUGCAAUAGCCGCCCUGGUGUGUUGGGUGGCCUGUAGUGAUGCGCAUGUGCUGGAGCGCUGAUGUGUGAUGUGCACUUGCUGGUGAGGAGACCUUUCUCUCUCUCGGACGAAUACCUGCUGGUUGUGCUGCUGCUCCGUACAACGGAAGAAGUUCGUCUCGCUGUGGACGACGUCGACCACCAGAAGUUGACAAGCAGAAGCUAGUGUAGGGUGGUGUCUGUGAGUGCCGCGGUCUGGUGGCAGGCGGGGACUUGUUUGGGCUGCCACGAGGGUGUCGGCACGAGAUGGGACUCUCUUUCCCUCGUGCCAGUGAGACGCUGACCUCGUUCCUCCACAAGAAGAGUGCGAGGGCAAUGGAUUAUUUGCAUACGUACGCGGGACGUGGCGGUCUGGCGACUGUGCAACGCAGAUGUGGGGCGGGGAAAUAAGGAAGGGGAAGAAGAGGAGCUACAACAUUGUGUGUGUGAACUGUGAGUUCGCGCUGCCACAAAGCAUUGUGUCAAGAGUGUUUGUUCGCUGUCUUUCAUAUACAACACGUGGUUUUCUUUCUUUCCCCAUGUUGUUAUCUCACUUAUGUUAACACGGUUGUUGGGUGGCUGACCUAGUAAGACUAGGCUUCUUCAGUUGGUUUCUUUACCCACUCUCUCUCUCUUUUAAAGGAUUUUUCUUGCUGUGACCGUCUUUUUUUCUCUUUCCGAACGUGUGUCGUCCGUCAAGAAAUGUGUGUGUCGUGGGGGCUGCUGCAUUAGCAGCACAUUGUUUCCCGUGUGUCCGGCCCGGUGGUCUUCUCAAAGAAGGAAAAUGAAACAAAAAAUGAAAAAGUGUGCUGUCAGUAGUUCUCGCAGAAGCUGUUGUCAUUGUCUGCAGAAUAAUAAUGUGCGCAGUCGCCAC